UGGGCUGUGGGUUGCCGUGUGGCCCACAAGGGAUCGGCAAGCAUCUGUGAGUGUUGUUUCAUUGCUGUUAUCAGUCUUUCCCAACGGAUCCCGAGUCCUCUUCCUGUGAACUGCUUCUUGCAGACGGCGCGUGCACUCGCCUGUCAGGAACGCGUCGAAUGACGUCACUGGUAUUUCAAGAUGGCUUCGGAUCACGGUCAGGAUUCGGUCAUCUACCGGUCUGAGACGGGAAAGCUUUGAUGUUUUAGCGGACAUGUGUUAAUAUGGUUGAGGACGGUGUGAAUAGGCGUCAUGGGGAAAGAAAGGCGGAGUACAACACUGAACUGAUGAUGUUACAGCAGCGCUUCGGAUUCUGAAAGAGAUGGAGAAGAUGAACCUGAGGAUGAACCUGUACAGAUAUAUUGCCUUUAAAUGAGAGCAAACUUGUGAUAUACACACUCCUCGCUGAAUGGUUUAAAAGAGGACUACAGUAGAGGUCAUUUGUUCUGCUAUCAGGAAUCGGGCUGCGGCCGAUGGGUUAUCCACCCAGCGGGGUCCAAAAGAGUAGAGACAUCUCCGAGCACCGUGGGCAUUCUGUAGCUUCACCUGUGAAGCUGAUGGUGGAGUCGUCUUCCUCUGGAGGCAGGGGUGCUGAGCAAGGCAGACCACCUCCACGCAUCGCAGAUGUUAUAGACCGCCAGGAGAACAUAAUGCACGGCAUGUUCUCCCAUACUGGAAUGACUCUGGGAGAGAAAGGCCAAUUGCACAGCAGCCAGGACCACGAGGCUCCAGAGUCAUGUGAUAAAGUACAGGAUCAGAUCAGUAACCAGCCAUGUGGCGCUAAGCUCCCAAAUGGACAUACAGUGACUGAGCGGGACCAUCCUAAGUCAUCUCAUCCUGCAGGAAGCUGCUUGAAUUCAGAAGAUGACUGUGUGAUUGCAAACGGAGAACUGUUGGCAGACUCCAGAGGUGGUGCUUUGGAUGCCGUUGCUUCUGCGCCUCCACCUCAAGGUGCAGCUGAAGACAGAGCUACUAGCUCGGAAGACUGUUCAAAUGCCCAAAAUUCAGCUUUUAACGAGACCAGAAGUUGUUCUGGAGGUCUCUCUCUGAGGACGUUUUCCUCCGGCACUUUCCUCAACACUGACUCUGCUCCUCUCAGUCCGGACGAGACCUUCUCCUCAUCGAGCUUCACGGACGUGAGUCUGAAACCCAGGAACACUUAUGAGAUCAGUCGACGUCAGAGCGCCCCGGACAACAUCCCUGGAGCGUUGAGUGUCGCUGUCACAGAUCUGACUCUCAGCCAGAGGAAACAGGGCAUCUCUGAGAUCUUCAGCAGAAGUCUGUUCUCCAGAAAGCAGAGGGAGGCCCAGAGUGCACCAGGAUGGAAACUGUUUGGAAAGGUCCCGCUGAGAGAGGGUCCUCCCAAAGACUCCAGAACCAUUCAGCAGGAAGGUAACCCAGGCAGUCUCACAUCUGUAUCUACACCCAAUCUCUUAAGUUCAGGGGAGUACGAGGCCAAGGUGUCUAAAUCGGCCCAACGGAAGAACCUGGAAUUCGAGCCAUUGUCCACCACAGCGCUCAUAUUAGAGGACCGUCCCGCGAACCUCCCUGCUAAGUCAGAGGAGGAAGCGCAUCGUCACCGUCAGGAGUAUGAUGAAAUGGUGGCAGAGGCCAAGAAAAGAGAGCUGAAGGAGGCGCAGAAGAAGAAAAAGCAGAUGAAGGAAAGAUUUAAACAGGAGGAAAGCAUCGCUAAUGCCAUGGUGGUUUGGAACAACGAAAUCCUUCCCAACUGGGAGAGCAUGCGUGGCACGCGGCGCGUGAGGGAUCUGUGGUGGCAAGGUCUUCCCCCCAACGUGAGGGGCAAAGUCUGGAGUCUGGCCAUUGGGAAUGAGAUGAACAUAACCUCAGAUUUGUACGAGAUCUUUCUCUCGCGGGCCAAGGAGCGCUGGAAGAGCUUCAGAGAGACAGGCAGUGAGAUGGAGUCAGAUGCAGACAGUGCCGACCGUGAGUCCAGUCUGGAUCUGAUCAGACUGGACAUCUCACGCACAUUUCCACCGCUCUUCAUCUUCCAGAAGGGUGGGCCGUACCAUGACCUCCUGCACAGCGUUCUGGGCGCUUACACCUGCUACAGACCUGACGUGGGAUAUGUUCAGGGAAUGUCCUUCAUAGCUGCUGUGUUGAUUCUCAACCUGGAGGAGGCUGAUGCUUUCAUCGCCUUCGCCAAUCUCCUCAACAAACCCUGUCAGAUGGCUUUCUUCAGAGUGGACCAUGAGCUGAUGCUGAAGUACUUUGCAGCGUUCGAGGUGUUUUUCGAGGAAAACCUCCCGAGACUUUUUAAUCACUUCAAGAGUUCCAGCCUCACGCCUGACCUGUAUCUCAUAGACUGGAUCUUCACCCUCUACACUAAGUCGCUGCCGCUGGAUGUGGCGUGUCGGGUGUGGGACGUGUUCUGCAGAGACGGGGAGGAGUUCCUGUUCCGCACAGGGCUUGGGAUCCUGCGGCUCUAUGAGGACGUGCUCCUGCAGAUGGACUUCAUCCACAUCGCUCAGUUCCUGACCAGACUCCCGGAAGACACGCCGCCCGAACGCCUCUUCAGCUGCAUCGCCAACACUCAGAUGAUCAGCGGCAACAGGAAGUGGACACAGGUGUUUAAUGCCCUCCUAAAGGAUAAAGAAAUGGAAAAAAGCAGCAGUCCUACGGUGAAAAACCAUUUUUAUAUUUCCAGUUGACUUUAACUCUGGGUUAGAAGAGAGGAUUAUAUAAAACAGGCUCAAAGAAAUUAAAUGAAGAAAAAGAAGAAAAAGCUAAACUUGAUUUCCUUGUAACCGUGCCAGUAUUAUUGAAGUUACACAUUUGUCCGAGUUAAAAAUAUAAGCCUUUUAUGAGCAAAUAUUCCACCAGCUUAGUCAUGUACUGUACCGGAGACCAGCAUCAGGCUUUUUCCUAAUAUUCCUCCUCAUGGAGAGAACUGGUGCGUUUGAAGUGUGCUGACAUACGUACCAUUAACUCAUUUCCUCAAGCUUAUUCAUUCAGAGCCUGUUUAAUGCACUUGAGAUUUAAAAAAAAAAAAGAAGGUUCUGAGAUUUUUUUUUUUUUUUAAGCGGUUUUGUUUUGUAGAACAAGACCUUAAUAAAGUGCAAUAAAAUAUGUCAGAUGCAGUUAAUAAUUCAGGAAUAAUGCAUAUAGUGUGUUGAGAUAUUUGAAAGCAUUUUGCUGCUUCUUGCUGAAGAAUAAUUGCAUUUUUCGUAGUCUUAUUGUGCUACUUAAAUAUUUUUUCUUUUAAAACACUAAUAUGUAGCCGAGGGCUGCAAAACCAUUCAUUGUGAUUAUUUGCAUUGAACAUAAAAGUUUAUGUUUACACACUAUAUAUGUGUGUACUGUGUAUAUUUAUUAUGUAUGUAUAAAUACACACACACACACACACACA